CUCGACACAGCUUACUCGAACAAGAACAACAACACCGCAUUGUCAAAAUGUAGUACCAGAACAGUGUCUUGCACAUAUCGAGAAUAUCAAUAAGUAAGCAAGACAAACACCCUAAAGCCAUCAUGCCAUCUCAACCCACCACGUCACCAUCUCACGCCCAUGCACUUGACGACACAAAACUCGGCGCCUACCUCAUCGCCCACCUCCCUUCCCUCACCCUCCCCAUCACUUCGACAAAGAUCGGUUACGGCCAAAGCAACCCAACGUUCUUCAUUGACGACGCAAACCACACGCGAUACAUCCUGCGGAAGAAACCGGCGGGGCGCAUCAUCUCGCCCGUUGCACAUCAAGUGGAGCGCGAGUACACGGUGUUGAAGGCGUUGGGGAGUGUAGAUGGGUUUCCAGUACCUCGGGUGUAUUGUUUGUGUAUAGAUGAAGGGGUAGUGGGGACGGUGUUUUACGUAAUGCAAUACAUCCCAGGCCGCAUAAUCACCGACCCCAACCUCUCGACACUCCCCCCCUCCCAACGCCGCCCAGCCUGGUUCUCCCUCAUCAGCACGCUAGCAUGGCUCCACUCACUGGACCCCAACGCCCUCGGCCUCUCCAAGUUCGGCAAGCAAUCCGCCUUCUACCCCCGCCACUGCACGACCUUCUCGCGCAUCGAAGCGCAGCAAGCCCGAGUCAAAGACCCGCGCACUAACCGUCCCCUCGGCCGCGCACACCCCCACUUCGACGACAUCGUGGCUUUCAUCCGCGCCAAUGCGCCCCCGGACCGCUGCUGCAUCGUCCACGGCGACUACAAGUUCGAUAACGUCGUGCUGCAUCCUACCGAGCCCAGGGUUAUUGCUGUGCUGGACUGGGAGCUUAGCACGCUCGGCCAUCCACUGCUGGAUGCCGUGUAUGUGACGGGUCCGUAUUGGAAUCGUGCGCGUGGAACGGAGGCAGCGAGGGACGAUCAAGGCGGGGCGUGCUACGAUGCUGCAAGGCAGGCGGAGAGUGGGAUGCCGGGUUUCGACGAGCUGGUGGGGGAGUAUGCGAGGAUCGCGGGGUGGGAUCCGAGGGGCGAGGGGUGGGAGGUCGCGAAGGUGUUUCAUUUGUUGCGGGGAAGCACGAUUAGCCAUGGGAUUCAGGCACGCACGCUGACGGGCCAGGCUAGCAGUGCCUUUUCCCACACGUACUUUGAGAACACGAGGCGCGGGCUGGACACGGCUUGGGGUGUGGUACGGGAUAUGCAGACGAGGGAGAAGGAGAGGGAGAAGGAGAGGGAGAAGGAGAGGGAGAAGGAGAGGGAGAAGGAGAGGGAGAAGGAGAGGGAGAAGGAGAGGCAGAAGGAGAGGGAGAAGGAGAAGAAAGAGGCCGAGGCCAACCGAAUGCUGCGAAGUGUUUUGUAACUACUCUCCACAGUUCCUUCGUUCGUUCGUUCGUUCGUGGACUCUACAGCACAUAAUAUCUCGAAACGAUGUUCACUGGGACUAUUCACCCGGUCUGCACUCCCAUCCCAUCCCAUUCCACCACUCCGCCCUCCUCAGACGACAUUCUACCAGCUAAUACAAUACAAUACAUCUCCGUACCGCAAUGCAUAUCGCAUAUACACAGAUGGCUACAUAAAUUCUCCCCCGCACCAGAC